AUGUGGCUGUCAGGCGAUCGGGUGCCGAGACGUCAAGGCUUCGUCACCGUUGGAUUGCGUCGGACCCAUGGUCGAUCACCCGCAGUACGAUCCGCCAAAGAGCAUCCUGAAACGCCCCGCGGCAGUCAGCAACCAGGUCGUGAAGGUGUCUGA